AGAUAACUCAAAUUACUUAUUAAUUGAACCAAACCCAACCUCAAAGCUUGUAGUGAUUAAUUUGUUUAUUACUUCAAUAGUCGAAGAAAGUUUUAGGUGGCAUUAAAGUAUUCAUCUUCAAUUGUAAAAUGAAUAUUUUAAAUACGCUAUGCCUCGCUUCCGUUAUAGUGGUUUUGGUAUUUAUACAACAAGCUUUCUCCAUAAAGUGCUGGGACUGUAGGUCUGAUAUUGAUCCCAAAUGCGCUGAUCCCUUUGAUAACACAACAUUUGCCAUAACUGACUGCAGCACUCGUAAAUUAGAACAUUUACCUGGAGUGAGAGCUACCAUGUGCAGAAAAAUGAGGCAAAAAGUAAAUGGCGUUUGGAAAUAUGUGAGAAGUUGUGCCUUCUUAGGUGAGCCUGGUAUUGGAGGAGAUGAACGUUUUUGUUUGAUGAGAACUGGGACUUACAAUAUCUUUAUGGAGUAUUGCACUUGCAAUACAAAAGAUGGCUGUAAUACUUCUAGUAAAAUGCUAUUCAGCCCUUUACUUUUGGUCCUGAUAUUUGCAGUAUUGAAUGGUUUUCGGUGAAUAUUUUGAUCAAUUGGAGGGGGGGUUAUAAAGUUGGGACUGUAUAUAAAAAAUCUGAGCGGGAAAAAAAUAUUACCUGCGCAUAUUUUUGGAUAAUUCUCAAAUUUUCUAUCAACAAAUAUCAAGCAUGUGUCUCAGUCUAAUUAAGCACUAUACUAUAUGCCUUUUGAUAUUGGUCAUUUCAAACAUGAAAGUAAUUACUAGUGCUGAAUCAUAUGUAAUAUUUCCAAGUUAUGAAAUAAUUUGCUCCUGUUUAUCUAAACGCCAACCUUAGUGUUUUGUAAUUGAUUUUUUCAUCAAUUCCAGUUCAAAAUUGAACUCAAUCAAUUUUGGAUGCACAAAGUAAUGAGUAAUUUUGAGGUUAGGUUAGGUUUCCUUGGGUUGGGACAGUGAAAAUCUAACAAAAUAUGUAUUUUGUUUACCUACCCUGAUGUGUUUAUAUGUUAGUAUUACGAUACUAAGGUUAAUUGAUUUUUCACUGUCGAUAACACUAAUGACACAUUCCAUAUGUCAAUUUUACAUUCCUCAAUGGAAUUUCUCUUUGAAACAUAAUAAUGUAGGUAAUCUGAAUAUUUGUUAUCAUGUUCUUGACUGUAAUAACCUUGAAUAGGGAUUUAAGUGUAAAUAGCAGCAUUCAUUAGUUAAAGGCAUAUAAUAUGCAUGUAUGUUGCCUUUGUUAUUAAUAAGCAAAGUAUGUUACGAGUUGUUUCAGUAUACUUUAAAGUUCUUAUUGAGAGAUUGCAUAUCUUUAAGUGCGAUUUAUUUUGCAUAUUGUGUACCUUCACUUGAUUGAUAAUUACCUAUGUUCAAAGUCCGUCCAAUGUUUUUAUGUACUUUAUAGAACUUUAUUACAAGAAUUUUUAUACACAUUUACAGAAUAAACUAUUUUUGUGAGA